AUGAAUAAGCAACUACUACCACUCAUUACAAACCGACUUUUAGAAAGUGCAAAGGAAAGCCCACCAAAACGCGUGGCAGAAGCAGUGGGGGACGAUUCAAACAAUUCUUUUGUUGUAUUAAAGACAUAUAACGAAAAUAAUUCAGAUAGAUCAUAUCAACCACGUUCAGACGGCCUGAUGAUGACACUGACGACAACAAUUUUAGCGAAAUUAAGAAGAGGAGAACCCAAUAUACUCGCGAUUGGUUCAUGGGACCAGGCAUUAUGA